CCUGAAUAAAAAUAAGUGCACCGUGACAGAGAUGUAACUGAACAAAAGCAGUUAUUUAUUUUUUUUUUAUUUAAAUUAACUGGUGUAAAACAAAAACGUUGCGUUGCACUGAAGUACUCUGAAAACAGAAUAGUUUUUCUUCAGUGCAAGUGAAGUCCAGAAAUUCAAAGGGACUUUCAGGCUGCAGUGACUGAGUGAAGCCGCAUGGCUUUCAUGAUGAUGAAGAAGAAGUACAAGUUUUGGGUGGAUUUCGGGCUGGAGGAGCUCUCCUCCGUGCCCAUUGUGAACGGGGUCCUCUUCUGUAAAGUGCGUCUGCUUGACGGCGGCUUCUCUCAGGAGUCCUCUCGGGAGAUGGUCCAGGCCAACUGUGUGCGAUGGAGGAAGAAGUUCUCCUUCCUGUGCAAGAUGAGCGCCAACGCCAACACGGGAGUGCUGGACCCGUGCAUGUGCAGAGUGUCCGUGAGAAAGGAACUGAAGGGUGGAAAGACGUACGCAAAGCUGGGCUUUGCUGACCUCAAUCUUGCCGAGUUCGCUGGCUCGGGGAACAUCACCCGCAGGUGUUUGCUGGAGGGCUACGACACCAAGCACAUGCGGCAGGAUAACUCCAUACUGAAGGUGAUCAUCAGCACACACCUGAUGUCUGGGGACCCGUGCUUUAAAACGCCACCAUCCACAGCCACAUACAUUGGGAUACCAGGAGAGGUUGAGCCUCUGCUCGAAGACAGGAAGGGUGGGGAAACACCAAAGUCAUUUCUAGAGACCCCAGGAAAGAGCGCCUCUGUUCCAGAAGAACUUGGUGUGUGUGGACACUCCAGAACUUCCAGUUAUGCCAGUCAACAGUCUAAAGUAUCAGGGUACAGCACAAGCCAUUCUCGCUCCUCCAGCCUGUCGGAACUCACCCACCGUAGGAACACCUCUGUAGGCAGUUCUUCCACCGGCAUCGCUAGCAUCCCAGAGCCCAGUGAAGAUCGGGAGCCACGGGCCUGUCCCCCAGUACCGGAGCACCCUGGAACCCCUGUCAAAGGCCCUGUGUCCAGCGAUCGCCUCAACAGGCAUCCGAUGAAGCAGGACUCCAUGGAGUCGCAGCUAAAGCGGGUUGAUGCCACCAGGGUGGAUGCAGACGACAUUGUUGAGAAGAUCUUGCAGAGCCAGGACUUUACCCACAGCAUACUGGACUCGAGUGCUGAAGAGGAGGGUCUUCGCCUCUUUGUGGGCCCUGGGGGAAGUACUGCCCUCGGAAGCCAUCAUACCAGGGUUGAUGCGGGCGCAUAUGAACAGGUGGUGAUAAAGCGUUAGCUCGCCGAGAAGGACUGUGUGAGGGCUGACAAACCAAAGUUUAACAGGAUGAGGGUGGGGUGUGUGGAUGUGCAAGUGCGAGUGCGUGUGCUCGUAUGAGUGUGUGUGGUGUGGUGCGGGAGCCGCAGUACCUGGGUUCCUUCCCUCGGUGCUUCAGUUCUACCUGCAAUGGAAGUUGCAGAUCCCCAUCCUCUCUUCAAGAAAUGGCGCCCCCUGCAGCCAGAACGUCCCUGUUGAACUGAAGUCUGAGGGCGCAGUGGAUCGUUAACAACGCUGCUUUGCACCCCGGUGACAUUGCAGACAUCAGACUCCCUCUAAGCUCCCCGGAAACAGGAGCUGACAAUUGUUCGCAGACCCUACCUUUAUUUUAGUUUUGUUCAUAAAAACAGUUUUAGCUAAUCGGUAGUCUGGAAGACUUGGUGUAGUACCUUCUUUUGUUGUCGUCCAUAAAUAUGCUGCUAAGCAGUGUUCAUUCAGGAGAAUGUCACGGACUGGUUUACUCAGUAAUGUGCUGCGCAAUUGAUGGCAUCGAACGUUUUUGUGGUAAUGACAUGAAACUGCAAACUCAGGAAAAUGAAGAGAUGAGAUCUUAUCAGACUAUUCCAGUAAUGUUCUUUUAAUAGCAGAAUUGGACCUGUGUCUUUCUCACUGAAGGGACAAACUGAUAAGAUUGCCAACUAUAUGGUAAAAUACACUAUAAUGGCACAUUAUAGGUUUUCCUAGCCUGAAGUUUAUUGCAAUGAAAAAAAUCUGUCAAUGCCAGAGUAAGUUGAUGGGCAGAAAAUUUCCAUUGGCACAAUGUCAUCUACAAAGUUUUGAAAUUAGUGCUAUUCAGAGUAUUCUUACUAUGCCAGUGUGCUUGCAAGAUUCAAAUACACCAAUGUUUCUUUUUUACAUUUUCUCAGCAAAAACACCAUCGCUUGGAAUGAACAAAUGCUUCUUGUCAGUAUUCACAGUUUUUUAAAGUUUAUAUUACUCUGAAGAAAUGUGUUUAAGAAAAGGAGGGUGAAAAGAGUUCUGAUAUUCCGUUUGCCAUCACAGGAAGGAAAGCUACUCAAAUAUUUUAUUUCUUGAGCUCUGUACGUUUAACCUAUAACUGUAAAAAUGAAUGCACUGGCUUCUCUCAUCACAUUGGAGGUUUGAAUUUUCAAAGAUUCAAACUUUUUUCCUCAGAUUUUUAUUUGCAUCUUCUUAACUUGUUCUCUUUCUAAAAUUCCAGUGUGUUGUUCAGCGAAAUCAAGCUUUUCCACUGACGGCUGUUAGUUUGCAAUGAAACAAUAUAAGUUGAAGACAUUACCAUAUACCACAACUCUGUUCAAGGUAGUUUUUAUACCCUGAUAAUGAAUUACAAGCUUAUGUCUAUGAAUUAAGAUGUGUGUAAGCGUAGGGAUUCUGUGGAUUGUGUUGGUUGACAAAUCGCUUUAUGGAAUUAAAGGUCCAGUUAACUCACGAGUGGACUUGGAUUGUAGGGUAUCCUAAGACAGAUCUCAUGUGUUAACUGCCACUACUUCACUGCACAGUCUCCUGCUGCUAAAGGGAAUCAUUUUCUUCUUUGAACAUGGCUUCCGCUGCCAAACCAUCAUACAGCCUUUCAGCAACUCUUUAGCACAGUAGUGCUGAUGUUUGGUUGAUGUCGCCCAGACGUGUUUUAGGAGACGUUCGAUUUUCUUUUACAUUCCGAUUAGCAAAUCCAGCAUCUGUCGAUAUCCAAAUAAAGUAAAAGGUAACAAACGGUUGAGCUACCAGUCCUGCAGGAAACGUCUGUAGCUGUAAUUAAUUUACCUCAACAAAGCGUUGCCUGUGUUCUGUGUGCCUUGCAGUGCAAGUGCAAGAUGUAUGCCACUACUUGUUAACAAUAUCUGCCAAAUUAUAAUAAAGUGACCCUUUUUUCCAUCUCCCCUAAAUAUGCCAAUUUAACUUCCACCGCGCCGGAUAAUUUCAGUGUGCCCCCUUCUGGUACUUGACAAGACAUUCAUAAUAGAUUUCUUUGGCGAGUUGAAGUGUUUGUGUCCUGUACCUGUCUGUACAGCAGUGCUCGGUGUCUUAUUAAAUAUCAGAAA